AUGAAGAAGGCAGUAGACAGAGAUGAUUUUCAGAAGAGCCUGCUCAUUUACAGGAGCACGCCUCUCCAGAACGGCCUAUCACCUGCACACAUGCUGAUGGGUCGCCGCAUUCGUUCCAACCUGCCAGUCAGUGAGGACUUGCUGACACCCAAAGGUGCAUCUAAGGUGAGGAAGGAAAAGGAAAGACAGAAAGAGAAACAGAAACAGCUACACGACAGGACGGCAAAACCUCUAUCUACAUUGAAACAUGGCGACCGAGUGCGUGUCAGAGACAUUAACACGGGUACAUGGAGACAACAGGGACAUGUUGAGGAAGAACUUUCUCCACGUUCCUACAAGGUCCGAACCGAGGGUGGACUAUCUUUGAGGAGGAAUCGCACAGAUCUUCGACUGCAACCUACUGUGGAGGACACAGCAGCUCAGGAGGUCGAGCUUCAACAAGACCCACUUGAACUUCCUGAACUGUCCAACAGCGAUCACGCUGACAAUGGUCAAACAGCAGCGUCAAAGUCACCCACUGCUGAGAGACUCGUGAGACCUCAGAGACACAUCAAGCCACCGCAGAGAUUGAUUGAGAGUUGCUGA